AUGACGAUGGCUCAGUCGCAGAUGCAGCUGCCCACGCCGCAUCCGGCACCAAGCCUGGAUGUCACUAUGCCACCAGUCUCGAUUUCUCUCCCGAACGAUACCAAUGCGCGGUUACGAAGCCGUAUAGCUCUGGAUACCUACUCGUCACCCGUUAACCAAAAUGGCAGCUUUGAAUUUGACCGCGUCGUGAAGAGCGGCUACCUGCAGAAGCGCACACAGAAGACAAAGGCCUGGAAGUCAAUCUAUCUCGUCCUACGACCCAAUGCGCUCUCCAUCUACCGAACCGACAAGGAAGACAAGCUGCGGCACAAGCUGUACCUGGCCGACCUCACGGCCGUCGCUUUGCUCAAGGACCCCAAGAACAAGAAAAAGAAUGUGUUUGGGCUGUUCUCGCCAGCGAGAAACUACCACUUCCAGGCUAGCAGCAGCCACGACGCUGAAGAAUGGGUCGAGCUGAUUAGGAAUCAUGCCCGGAUCGAGGAGGAACACGAGGAGCUGCUUCUCGCAAGUCCAACGGGACGGCGCCAGUCGUACAUGGCCACCAGUAGCUCUGGCCAAAUGGCGGAUACGGCUGGUUAUUCCGGCAAUGAGCUCGCGUCACACUCUGAUUUUUCCGACAACGAUAUCCAGCGGAUACAGGGAAUGUCGAUAGAGGACUUGGCGGCCCAGUCGCCUGACGAGGGCUCACAGGGUCGGCCGGGUAUCGGUCGCAACGUAAGCCAGGUUAGCGGCCUGAACAUCGAGCAGGACCCAGAUCGCGUCAUUUGGCAGGGCUGGCUCUGGUUCCUCAAGAGCAAAGGCGGCGUGAAGCAAUGGAAGAACCUGUGGGGUGUCCUCAGACCUCGGAACUUUAUCCUUUACAAGGAUGAGUCCGAGUACACGGCGCAGUUCAUCAGGCCCAUGUCGGCGAUUGUCAACGUGGUCGACAUUGAUCCCGUCAGCAAAACCAAAAAGCAUUGUCUCCAGCUUAUUACGGAGGAGAAGAGCUAUCGAUUCUGCGCUCACGAUGAAGAGUCGCUAAUUCACUGCCUCGGCGCAUUCAAGAGCUUAUUUGCCAAGCGACGAGAGCUCGAAGCGCGGGGCACUGCUGGAGGAAACCAGUCCACACUAGCAGCCUAA